UCUCCUCUCCGGUCUCCAGUCUCCAGUCUCCAGUCUCCACUAACGGGCAAAAGCAGAACGCGAAGCAGUACUCACCUAGACGGCUGGACCUCGAGCUUCCGGCGCAACUUCCGUUCAGCCACCGCCGCCGUCGCAAAUUCCGUGUAGCCAAUGUCAGCCAGCUCUGUUUGCACAGCCACUUUCUGUCGCGCUUCCAGCUCUGUUUGAUCUUCGAAAAUCGGAACCACCGCCAGCGCCGCUUUCCGUCGCGCAGAUACUUUCCGCCGGUGCCAGCUCUGUUUCACACUUCCACCCCGUCAGCCACUGUCUUGCCUCUUGCCAGCCACGGUCCCCGCCAGCUCUGCUUCUUUCCAGGCUUCCAGCUUCUAACCCUAGAAUCUUGCCGUGAGAGAAGUACGAAUGGUUCCUUGAUCUUUAGCGAAAUGGAACUGCGAAGAACUCUGGUUUCACUUUGCGAUUCGACCUUAUGGUCCUCUUCAUAACUGGUCUUACCAAUGUUAGGGAUGUUAUCCCUUUCCCAAGAAGUUAUGGCAUAGCCAACAACUAACUAAGUAUAGAUACAAGAGAAGUAUGAUACUCUGGGUAUGUAGCAUAUCAGUUUGAAUGGACUUUAACUUGAACUCUUGAAGGCUCUUGAGGCAGGUGAUCUGAAACUUCCUCCUUGGGAACCGUAACAGUAAGCACCCCGUUCUCCAUGGAAGCUUUCACCUGCUCCAACUUAGCAUUCUCCGGAAGCCUGAACCGUCUCAGGCUUCGCUCAAUGCGGUGCCACGUGUCACCCUUAUCCUCCUUCUCCUUGCUCCUCUCGCCGCUAAUUUGAAGCACCCUGCGUCCCUGCCCUCCUCGAUUAAUUGUCGUGGAUCACGGAACCCUCAACGUUGACCUUGUACCACCCAUCCUCCACCACCGAACUUGUCGCUUGAUAAGGGGAACAAAGCUUUGAAGUUGUCGAUUCUGCUCCGAAAUUGUGUGUGGUGUUCUGCAGUCUUGCAAGUCAAGCAAUGCCAUGCCCAAACUAUUCUCCAAGGAUUGCUUCCGCAUCUCACUCUUCAGACAGAUCUCUUGCUAGCCUACUGUAGAUUGCGUCUUCUCCGCCAUGCUCGGAAGGUGUUCGGCACAAUGCCCGUAAGAAACAUGCAUUCAUGGAACAUCAUGAUCGCCUCCUACAUUCAGAAUUCCUUGUAUUCCAAUGCUUUAGCUAUUUUUAGUGAGUUCAAGAGUUGCAAUCUUGUUCCAGAUCAUUAUACGUUACCUCAACUUUUUAAGGCUUGUGUAGGAGUAGGUGAUGCUUGUUUUGGUAAGGUGUGUCACGGUUGGGUGAUAAAGCUUGGCUAUGAGGGGUAUGUUGUUGUGGCUAGUUCUAUGCUCGAGUUUUAUGUGAAAUUUGGGUUGAUAACUGAGGCAUACUCGGUGUAUUCCAUGAUGCUCUGUAGGGACUUUGUGGCUUGGAAUUUGAUGAUUUCUGGCUUUUUAAGGGCUGGCUUGUAUUUGCGUGUUAUCAAUUGUUUCAGAGAAAUGCUGCUUACAAAUGGGGGGAAGAUGGAUUCCAUGUCUGUUCCUAGCAUUUUAAUUGCUUGUGGGAGGGAAGGAGACUUAAUGAAAGGGAAAGAAGUUCAUGGGUAUGUCUUGAAGAACUGCGAGUUUGAUGUGGAUACUCCCAUUGGUAACACCUUAAUUGAUAUGUAUGGGAAGUGCGGAUGCUUAAAUGAUUCAGAGAAGGUUUUCAAGACAAUGCGCAGCGUGAACGUGGUUACGUGGACUACCAUGAUAUCGUGUUAUGGUAUGCACGGAAAUGGGGAGGAAGCGCUCUUGCUAUUUCAAAAGAUGGUUAAUGGAGGAAUUACACCAAAUUCUGUCACACUUACAGCAGUGUUAGCCAGUUGUAGCCACUCUGGUCUGAUAGACCAAGGAAAGAAAAUUUUCAAUUCAAUUAGUUCCGGUUAUGGAUUGCAGCCAAGUGCCGAACACUAUGCAUGUAUGGUGGAUCUUUUCGGCCGCGCUGGGUAUCUUGUUGAAGCACUUGAGUUGUUGAGGAGCAUGAAAUCGUUGGGAACGGGAAGUGUCUGGGGUGCGCUUCUUGCUGGUUGUGUAAUGCACAAGAAUGUUGAGAUUGCAGAAAUUGCAGCUCAUCAUCUUUUCCAAUUAGAACCAAAUAAUGCUAGUAACUACAUAGCCCUAUGUGGCAUCUAUCAGUCUCAUGGUAUGCUUGAUGGAAUUGCCACUGUUAGAGAAAGAAUGAGAGAACAAGGUUUGAUUAAAACCCCUGGUUGUAGCUGGAUCAGUAUUGGAGGAAGGGCUCAUAAAUUCUAUCAAGGUGAUUUGUCUCAUCCAUUGUCUCAUUUGAUUGAAAGAAUAACACAUCAAAUUAGCAACACUCAGUUAUUGGAUGAUGAUUUUGGUAGCGUUACACAUGAUGAUACUUGCAUGAUGGCUUUGUAGAUCUUUAAAGCUAGUUUAUUUACAAAGUUAUAGCAUGGAACAUGUAAUUUAUACAUGAUGAAUUUUUCAACACGUUUUGUGGAACAUAAUUAUAUUCGGCUUACUUUAUAGCUAAGAAACAUUUACUUUGAAUGUAGUUGACAUUUAGUUUUACAGAGUUUUCUUUUUCCUCUUC